UUCUGCUCCAGCCACACUGCUGGAGUCGGAGAGGGGAAGUGGAAGGUCCACGGCGUGGUGUCUGGGGCACGGGCUGAAGGAACUGCGCUGUGGUCCUCACCUUGGAGGUGACGUUGCUCGGGGGAGUGGGCACCAAGAAGAGGCGAGAGGGCUGGUAGAGAAAACUGAAGUCAGAUGCCUGAAGCCCUUCCUGCUUCAGGUGUGUGGCAUCUUGAAUAUGUGGCAGAAAAUUAGAAAUACCGAAACAGACCAGCUCCAUAUGGGGAAAAGGUUAAAUGCUGCCUCCCGCGCCAGGGACUGGGGGUCUGAUGGGAGCCACACCAGGAGUUCCAGUUAAAGCUUUAACCUGGGGCCACCCUGCAGGGAGACCAAAACCCCUGGAAACUCUCCGACCAAGCCUGAGGAUGUCACUGGCUUAGAAGACCACGGAAUUGGGAAUGAACUCUGUGGCCGUGGGCAAGUCACUUCCUCCCUCUGGCUCUCAGCGUCUUCUGCUGUGACAUGUGUUGUGUGUGGACCUUCAGAAAUGAUGCGGGCGGCUGGGCGCCGAGGUUGCAGGAUGCUGUGCAUGAGGGCGGCUGGGCUUCAUCCAGGCCCGCGCUCUGCGGGGCUCGGUGCCACCGGUUGUAUGAAGGGGAGGAUCCUCUGUCCGCUUCCUUCCGGCCUCGGGCAGAGAGCUGGACACCUGUGCAUUGUAUACCUGGCUACCGCAGGGCCCAUUCUCCGUGUGCUUGGCAAUGUGAUCCCCUCUGCCACCAUGAGGAACAUCUUCAAGAGGAACCAGGAGCCCAUUGUGGCUCCUGCCACCACCACCGCCACAAUGUCAACUGGGCUCUUAGACAACUCUACCGAGAGUGGGGGCGCUGGGGAGAGUAAGGAGGACAUGUUUGCGAAGCUGAAGGAGAAAUUCUUCAAUGAAAUCCAGAAGAUCCCCUUACCACCCUGGGCACUGAUCGCCAUUGCUGUGGUCGCUGGCCUCCUGCUCCUCACCUGCUGCUUCUGUAUCUGUAAGAAGUGCUGCUGUAAGAAGAAGAAGAACAAGAAGGAGAAGGGCAAGGGCAUGAAGAAUGCCAUGAAUAUGAAGGACAUGAAAGGGGGCCAGGAUGACGACGAUGCAGAGACAGGCCUGACUGAGGGAGAAGGUGAAGGAGAGGAGGAGAAAGAGCCAGAGAAUCUGGGAAAACUGCAGUUUUCCCUGGACUAUGAUUUCCAGGCCAACCAGCUUACCGUCGGCGUUCUGCAGGCUGCUGAAUUGCCUGCCCUGGACAUGGGAGGCACCUCAGACCCUUAUGUCAAAGUCUUCCUUCUUCCAGACAAGAAGAAGAAAUAUGAGACCAAAGUCCAUCGGAAGACAUUGAACCCUGCCUUCAAUGAAACCUUCACCUUCAAGGUGCCAUACCAGGAGCUAGGAGGCAAAACCCUGGUGAUGGCCAUCUACGACUUUGACCGCUUCUCCAAACAUGACAUCAUUGGCGAGGUUAAGGUGCCUAUGAACACCGUGGACCUUGGCCAGCCCAUCGAGGAGUGGAGAGACCUGCAGGGCGGGGAGAAGGAGGAGCCAGAGAAGUUGGGCGACAUCUGCACCUCCCUGCGCUACGUGCCCACGGCUGGGAAGCUCACUGUCUGUAUCCUGGAGGCCAAGAACCUGAAGAAGAUGGACGUAGGUGGCCUUUCAGACCCCUACGUGAAGAUCCACCUGAUGCAGAAUGGGAAGAGGCUCAAGAAGAAGAAGACGACGGUGAAGAAGAAGACCCUGAACCCCUACUUCAACGAGUCCUUCAGCUUUGAGAUCCCCUUCGAGCAGAUUCAGAAAGUCCAGGUGGUGGUCACUGUGCUGGACUAUGACAAGCUGGGCAAGAACGAAGCCAUUGGAAAGAUCUUCGUGGGCAGCAACGCCACGGGCACAGAGCUGCGGCACUGGUCUGACAUGCUGGCCAACCCCCGGAGGCCCAUCGCCCAGUGGCACUCGCUCAAGCCCGAGGAAGAGGUGGACGCGCUUCUGGGCAAGAACAAGUAGGCAGCAGUGGCCGGGAUCCCGCACCGUUACAGACACUGACAAGAUCCAGAGCUAUCAAUACCUCAGUUAUGCAACCUUAGAGGUUUUCUUUCUCAUUUGUUUGUGGUUGUGUCCUUGUUUUUCCUUCCUUUAUCUCUUUUGAGAGACCAACGUCCCUCUGAUGGCUGUGUGAGGAGAGUCCCCUAACAGGUGAAAGAGAAGCCUGGCUCUUUUCAUCGUCCCAGGAGCUGUCCUUGCUGCAUGCCCUGUCACGUUUCCCUCUCACUCUUUCAAAGCUUCACUUGAACCUCACCCUGAGUGAGGCCCUCUUUCAGCAGAGAGUCACAGCACUUCCUGUGUUUUGAGUGUUCUGGACCAACAAAAUGGCAGCACAUCCUGUUUCCUGACAGGGAAGGCAACACAGUGGCCUAUGAUGUGUGUGGUGUGUGUGUGUGUGUGUGUGUGUGUGUGUGUGUCUGUGCACGCGCGCGUGUGUGUGUUGGAGCAUCUCUCUGCAUUCCUGGGAUGAACCACGGACAGUGAAGUUGUGUGGGAAGAGAAGGCUCUUCGGGAACCCUGAAGUGAAGAGACGUCCACUGUCUAAGUGGGAGAUCUUCCGUCAGCUCGUGGAGAGGGCUCAGAAUCCUGGUCGGGUGUCAGAAGCUCCCAUACUCUUUGUGGGUGGCUAUUUGGGAGGCAAGAUGUGGCGACUGGACUUGUCCAGAACUAGGACCAAAAACCUGAUGCCGUCAUAGACUUCCUCUCGUCAGGCCUUGUUUCCCCACAAGUGUGGUUUCUGGGACAUUCGUGGACAUGAACUAUUCACUAGAUUGGUUAGACUCUAACAGGGACCAUCAGUCCUGGGACCUCACUGUUGUUGACAGUUAACGUCAAACUAUGAAGAAAGAAGACCCAUUACCUAGAAAGACCAAAUGAAACUCCUGGAUCUUCUUUACCCCCUUUCAGUGGGAAACACAGAUGCUUUCUCCCUUUCCAGAAUAUAAGCUAUGCGGUUCAUUUGCAUUUUUUCCCCAUCAUGCUUUUGCUUCUGUUUUCUCUUUUAAUCUAAGUGGAGCAACACUACCUGAAGACUGUUUUCUGUACAGAGCCAGAGACUCUAAAAAGAAGGUUUGAAUUCUUGUCCCCCUGAGGUCCAGGUAAGAAGGGGGAGGAUGGUGGAGACACGGCAGAGAUUUCCCGGAUGAGAUAGGUGGGGGUGCUGAGAUCCGUGCCCCCCCGGCUCCCACUCCUCUGCCUUCCAUGCCAGAUAGUUUGUGGGUAGCUGACGUGGCCCAGGGAGACCUGUGGGGAGGCCCCAUCCUACUAUUCCUUGGGGAGGCGUCUCUCUAUGAAUGCCAAGAAGCAGGACAUCCAUUCCAAAUGGGUGGU